GAUUUCAACACUGCGAACCAGAAGUUAGCAACAGUUCCCAUGCUUUCAUUCUUCUCACGACUAACUGGCGUAGAGAGCAAAGAUGCGUGUCUCAAAAUCUUGAUGGAUCGAGAUUAUGUGUUCUUGAGAGGGACAGCGGAUGAAGCAAACGAGCAGCCCCUCCAGGGAGUUCUCAGCCUUCGUCUACCUUCAGAACAGCUCGCAGUUGGUGUGCGGCUACGUCUAGACGGCUUCUCACGUCGCAGGGACCAUGACACAAGAUCCAAAACGAGCGAAUGCUCAAGCACGGUCCGUGUUUUCGACUAUGAAUGGCCUCCUUUCCUUACCGAUCAGAGUCAAACGGACUUCCACUCUAGUUACCCCAACACCACUACUCACGAGUGGCUAUUCGAACUCUCGAUACCCGGGGACACGCCGGAAACCUUUCAGGGGUGUAGCCGGUGCAGCAUCACUUAUCAGCUAACGGCCACGACAAUCCGAAGUAAUACUUCUUCAUCGACGCCUCAGACAUACAAGACCAUACAAAUCAACAGAACGCUGCCUAGUUCAGCAUUCGAGCUGAUGGACCCGGUGACGGUGGAAGGCACAUGGAGUGAGAAACUACGCUACUCAAUAUCUGUCGGCCAUCGCGCCAUCGCCCUGGGCACAGCUAUUCCUCUCGAGAUGCGUUUCGCGCCGCUGAAAGCAGGGACAAGAAUCUCACAGGCGAAAUGUCAGCUUCUAGAGUCGCACAAAGUUAAGGCUGGUAAAAGUCAACUUACAUCCUUCGUCGGCGACAGAGACGUUGCCGAGUGGGAGACACCCGUAAACAACUAUGAGAAUUUGGAGCAAAGAUUUUAUAAGAUAACGCAGAGUCUUCCCCUUCCUUCCGAGCCAAAAGACUGUUCUCCUGAUAUGGAGGCCCACGAUAUCAGCAUGACUCAUCUUCUUUCCAUCGAAAUCACCGUCCAAGAAUCAGACAAUAGUCCAUUUGCACACAAAGUAAGUAUGAAGUGCUGUAUGAGUAUUCAAACGUUUCCUGACAGUUCUCAGUACCGCGCGUCACUGCCAGUCGUGCUCUUUACAUCGCCUCAGAUGCCGAUUGAUGCAAACAACAAGUUCAUUCGGUCACUGGGCCCCGAUAUCGAUGGUGACGUGACACCGCUCAGCGGAUUGGACGUGCCACCUGUUUAUGGUGCUCACGUACACGACAAAAUUCUGAAUAACUUUACCAAAUCUUUAUCUACUCAGCAAUUUUUGAUGGGAUAUGAGACAUAGACCUCAAGCCAUAAAGUCAUGAAGUUUCACAAAUUUUGAGAAUCGUUACCACGAGACCGCGAGUGGACGACGUAGCUCGUACUGUUUUGGUGCUACAUGAAGUGCAUUAUCCUCUGCCCCAAAAUGUGAAGAAGACAAUCCAUUGCAUCAGACAGGAAGCACAUGUCCUGGCCGCCUAAGUAUUAGUCGAGUUUAAGUGCAGUGGGGAGUACUUCCUGAUUCGGGAAGCGGUCCCUGACUGCAGGACCCAUAGAAUCCUCCUCGAUCCACAGUUUACCGAGCUCGGCGUUCGAUCCGCUAAGAAGAUGCACGUGGACAUACCAAGUAGGUCGAG